GUUUGAAGCUGAUACUUUUAGCUGAGCCACAAGUACUGCUUGGAAAGGGCUUAGGUUGUUUCCAGGGGGAGAACUCUGCAGAGAAGAGGCAAAGUUCAACAAGACAACAAAAAUCAGCCAGAAAAUCCAGGAAAAGGAAGAGCCCUUGUCAUACCCCUCUACCAGAGUUCUCUAAUCCUACCUUAUUCUGCAAAGUGCCACUUGACUGGAACUCUUCACCUGCUUGAUUUCUGCACCCACCAUGACUGAGAUCACUGCUGAAGGAAAUGCAUCGACAACCACAACGGUGAUAGACAACAAAAAUGGAUGUAUUCCUAAAUCCCCUGGAAAGGUGCUGAAGAGGUCUGUCACCGAAGACAUUGUGACAACAUUCAGCUCCCCUGCAGCCUGGCUUCUUGUCAUCGCUCUGAUUAUCACAUGGUCAGCUGUUGCUAUCGUGAUGUUUGAUUUAGUGGAUUAUAAAAACUUUUCAGCAAGCUCCAUUGCCAAGAUUGGCUCAGAUCCUCUAAAACUAGUGAAUGAUGCUGUGGAGGAGACAACAGACUGGAUCUAUGGCUUCUUCUCUUUGCUAUCUGACAUCAUCUCAUCUGAAGGUGACGAAGAUGAUGAGGAUGCAGAUGAAGACAUUGAUAAAGGAGAAAUAGAAGAACCUCCCUUAAAAAGAAAAGAAAUACACCAAGAAAAGGCUGAAAAAGAGGAGAAACCUGAGAAGAAAAUACAAACUAAAGCUUCACACAGAGAAAGGGAGAAAGGAAAAGAAAAAUUAAAAGGAGAAAAACCUGAGAAGACAGCAACUCACAAAGAGAAACUUGAGAAAAAAGAAAGACCAGAGACGAAGAUGAUGGCAAAAGAGGACAAGAAAAUUAAGACUAAGGAAAAGACUGAAGAAAAGGCUAAGAAGGAAAUGAAAGUUGGAAAACAGGAGAAAGUGAAACCAACAGCUGCAAAAGCCAAAGAAACUCCGAAAACACCACCAAAGGCCAGAAAGAAGGAUGACAAAGAGAUGCCAGCUGUGCAUGAGCAGAAAGAUCAGUAUGCAUUCUGUCGAUAUAUGAUUGACAUGUUUGUCCAUGGGGAUUUAAAACCAGGACAAAGCCCAGUUAUGCCACCACCAUCAUUGACACCUUCCAAACCUGCUUUGUCAACAACGGCCCUUGAAGAAAAAGAAAAAGAAGAGAAGAAGAAAAUGGAGAAGAAAGAUACUUCUGAUACAAAAAAGAAAGAAAAAGAAGUCAAAAAGAAAAGUGAAGAAACUACCAUUGAUGGGAAAGGCAAAGAACCAGGCAAACCUCCUGAAACCAAACAAAUGACCGCCAAACUCACAACACAAGCUGCAGCUAGAAAGGAUGAGAAGAAAGAAGAAUCAAAGAAAAUGAGAAAACCUACAGAAGAACAACCCAAGGGAAAAAAACAGGAAAAGAAAGAAAAGCACAUAGAACCAGCAAAGACACCAAAAAAGGAACAUCCAGGUCCAAGUGAAAAACUCAAAAAAGCAAAAGCUGAACAAGCCAAGGAAGAGAUUGCUGCUGCCUCAACAAAAAAGGCCCUGCAUGGAAAGAAAGAAGAGAAAGCCAAGACAGUCGAGCAAGAAGUGAAAAAAGAAAAAUCUGGGAAGAGUUCUUCAGAUUUGAAAGAUAAAGAAGUGAAAAAAGAAAAGUCUGGGAAGAGUUCUUCAGAUUUGAAAGAUAAAGAGCCACAACUAAAAAACGAAGAGAAGUCAAAGCCACAAGUGAAAAAGGAAGCAAAACUAGCAUCAUCUGACAAAGGCCAAACACGCAAACAGAACAUCACCAGACCAGAGCAAGUUAUUCCUCAUGUUAAACCAGAAAAAGCUGAACACCAAGAAAAAGGCCACCCAUCUAUAAAAAAAGAUAAGCCUAAACCAUCUUCAAAGGGAGCACCAGAAGUUCCAGACUCAGGGAAGAAGAAGAUUGAAAAAUCUGAAAAGGAAAGUAAAGUUCCAACAAGAGAAGAAAAUCUUCAGGUGUACAAUGUGACUAAAGCAGAAAAACCUGGAAAAAUACCAAAAGAUUCCAAAGAAGCACCAGCUUCAAAGAAAGAUAAAGAAGAUUCCAAAGAAGCACCAACUUCAAAGAAAGAUAAAGAAGACUCCAAAGAUGUCCCACAUUCAAAGAAAGAUAAAGAAGUAACUGAUGAUGUAUCUUCACCAAAGAAGCAAACACGUCCCAUCAGCUUCUUCCAAUGUGUGUACUUGAAUGGGUACAAUGGCUAUGGGUUUCAGUUUCCUGUCACUCCUGUCCAACAACCUGGAGAGAACCCUGGCAAAACAAACUCUCCAGGACAGAAGCAACAAGAACAAUAGACAUCCACGCCUGACCCUGACAACUGCUUUUACAUGGUGAAAGUGGAAUGUUCUCUUUUGUCCACGGUGGCACAGGCAAUCAAAACUAUCUGAUGCUGAGAUUCCAUUGUAAACAUUUUGCCUGGCAUAAAGAGAUGACAUAGACAAAGGAAUUGACUAAUAAGCAAUUGUGUUCAGGGUCUAAUACUUGAGAAUCUUCAUUUGUGUCUGUUGCUAUAGGAGGGAUACUUACAUUAAGCUCCUUCUAGCUGUUAUAAGGUAGUAUGUUCAUUAAAGUUUACUUUUAAAUAUAAUUGGCACAAUUACAAAAUGAGAUUUAUGAUUUCAGGCAGGGAAUUUCUAAAUUGGUAACAUAGACUGUGUUCUAAUUUUAAAUAGCACAGGAACAUAUAUAAAAGUUAUUCUUCUGCAUCAUGUGGGUAGACUCAGUUUACCCAAAAAAACCUAUGUGCAUCAUUAUAUUCACGUCUGUUUCUAGUUCAGUUAUGGCAAGGAUCUACAUAGGUAUAUCUUACACCAGAGUGCUCUAAAUCCCUUGCAAUAUUCUUAAUGAUCAGACUAUCUAAAAGAUGGGACAUGACAAAGAAUAAGUGCUUGUUGGAUCUUAUCUCUGAGGUUGUCUUGGGCUAUGCUUAAGACAUUCUCUCUUGUGGACAUUGCAAUUAAGCACAUUUGGUAAAUAACUUGUUUAAUAUGCAAGUUAAUGAGAUAUGAAAUUUUCACAUCUCUCCAGAUUGUGCCUCACUAAAUCCAUCACCUGGAUGAAGGUUUAGUUCAAAGAACAACAACUAUGGUUGAUCAAUCCAAACAGUUAUUUCUCAAUACAUACUUUCUGUGAGAUUAGAUGUUUUCUUUUUGAAAUGGAAACAAUACAAAUGACAUAAAACGUUAAGUGAGAUAUUUUGGGUCCAUACAUGUUCAUGAGAUGUCUUACUUUCUUCUGGCUAAUUGAACAGUAAUGCCAGUUAAAUGAUGGCAGUUUUUAACUUACUUGUCCAUGCAUCACUGAAAAUAACUGUUGAGAAUGUUCAUCCUUUUGGUAAUACAAACACUAGAUUUUCAUGAACUUUUCUUAUCUAGAAAACAUAAUUGAAUCUUUUCAUCAUGUUUCUACUUGCAGCUGAACUUAUGACAAAUUAACUCACAAAACAACUUGAGUUACCAUUUCUGGCACUAUCAUAAGCUCAGCCAAUGCUGAGCUACUGACUUUGUGAACUAGCUGUGUGAUUGGUUUCAAACACUGCAGCCAAACAUAGUUCUUGAGGUCUAAGACAAAAGUCCAUUUUAUCAAUAUUCAGGUAGGAUAUGGACCAUGUACUUAGCAUUAACGAUGGGAUAUCGGUGACUUUUAUAAGAAAGUUAGCUUCAACCAGAUGCUGACAGACUGAAUUCACACCAAAAAUGUCAACACUACAAUGAACUAGAUUAAUGGAGCCAUUUGGAGGGGAAGGAGUACAUAAUUGACCAGAGCUUCAUUCAACAAUUCAAACUUACAAGGAGAACAGUGGAUAAAGUGCUCUACUUAGUUGAAGUUUCACUAAUUUCCUGAGUAUGGGACAGAGAAUAAAUGUGUUUUAAAACACAUACUACCAAAUGGGUUAUCCACUAAGUUAUUAUCUUUCAAUGACUAUGCACUUAGUCUUUCUAUACUGUUUCAGGUUAUAGACCAUGAAACAUAGUACAGCAAUAGAUUCUACUUCAUGUUAUUCUGGCACAGUAAGUAACAUUCAAAAAAUGCAUUAUAUGUAUUAGGUCUGUAUCUCCAGGUUUCAAAGAACCAUCAAAACAAACAGCUCAGCACUUCACAGAGUUACUCUGUAGCUAGAUAAAGUGUCUUAAUACGGGUUUGUUUGAAAGCAUUCUUUGAAAUUAUGUUUUUGGAGAUUACAUUAAUCUUAUCUCUACCAACUUUUAAAUAUCAUCAUCUAUUUUCUUUGUGAAACAAAUUGACAAAAUAUAACAAAUGUUAUUGUAAAUUUGGGUGUGAGUUAGAGAAAAAAAUAUGAUGUAAUAGUUAACAAUAGUUGUUAAGAUUUGUCUAAAAUUUGAAUAACUAGUCUAAUUUGAAAAAAUUAUCUAAACUGUUUUCUGUUAUAUUUUUACAUUAGUAAACUACUUCUGACUCUUGAGUUUAAUGGUUUGUAUCUUGAAAAGAAAAGGCAUGAAUAGUUAAUUUUUUAUUUUAAAUUUC